AUGGGUGAACAAAUAUCCAAUUCUGAUUUUGACAUCAACAUUCUUGAGGGUGCUUUGACGCACCCGAACAUUGAAUUGACUUUUCCUUUACCUACUGAUAAUGAUGAUGUGCUUGACUCCAAGCCAAAUGAAAAGGUUUCUCUCAGUUGGAAGCUUCUUGGAAACUUUUUACACUUUGCGACUGGAUUCAAUUAUAAUGAGGUUUAUUCAAAUGCUGAAACAAAGUAUUCAGUACAUAAAAUGACGAAGAGCUUCAACAAGGCAUCUGAAAAGUACAUGUUGCACAAAUUACGUGAAGGCGAUUCAAACUUGGACGAUAUUGUCUAUGAUUUAAUCAAUUCUGAAUUACGCAUGAACCUAAUCAAAGGAAAGGACUUUCCAAAAAGAUUCAAAGAGGUUAAGGACUUCAUGGUAAGAUACUACGCGAAGGAAAAUAAGAAGAGUCUUCCAAAUUUCGGUUCAAUUCAUUUUUUGAGAGUCUGCUACAUGACUGUAAUUAAAACAGUCUCUAAGAUGUUUCCCGAAGGAGUAUGGGUCAACAAGAAAGAAUUCAACAUGCUUUACAAGCAGUACUUGAAAGAUCCAAUGUCAAUAAUUUUGCUCCCAAAUCACCAGUCUCACAUUGAUUAUGUCAUGUUGCACUUGAUUCUCAUUCGUUUUCAAAUGGCGAUACCUAUGGUCAUUGCAGGAGAGAAUUUGAAUGUGGCAGUUUUUGGAGGAAUAUUGAAAGGACUUGGAGCGAUUUUCAUAAAGAGGUCAUUCAACGAUGAACUAUACACAGAAAAAAAUCUCUAUAACUACAUUGAAUAUGUUCUUGUUAACAAAAUUAACCUUGAAGUUUUUAUUGAAGGUACACGCUCAAGAGAUGGUAAGCUUUUGCUACCAAAAUACGGCAUCUUAAAGACCCUCGUAUCGAUCUAUCUUAAACAGAGGUUCAAAGAGAAGAAUCACAAUUUCGAUUCUUUGAUUCAACCGAUUUCAAUCAUAUACGAAAGGGUAUACGAAUCUGAAGGAUAUUUGAAUGAAUUGGUCGGGAAAGACAAGAAGCAGGAGAGCUUUAUGAGCAUUUUGUCGAACGGUGUCACAAAUUUGGUUUAUGGAGUGGACAGGGAUGGACCUAAAAGACUGGAAGAUGGCUUCAUUGAUAACAGGAAUAGAACCUUACACGGAAAGAUUUUUAUCAAGUUAGCGGAUAACUUUACACUCUCUUCAUUCGUCCAAGACCCCGAAAAUUUGAUAGAAAGGAAGGAAACCGACAAUUUGAUUGCAGACGAGAAUGUAAAUUUGAAAAAGCUUGGCUUCAAGAUUAUGCAUGCGAUCAACGGGGUAUCUUUUCUUCCUCAAAGCUCUAUUGUGGGAACCGCAAUACAAACUUUUUACUAUUUGCAUGGAUUAGAAACGUUUUCAAUGGACGCUCUUCUUCCUAUGUUUGACUUCAUUGUACAAGUCUACUUGGAAGAGCAAAUAAGCGAAACGAACUUGAGAAUGCUAACAGCUAUAACGAAAUUAACGAAUGACGAGAAGGCGGGAUUAAUCAAGUCACAGAUUAUUCAGUUUUUCAAGUAUACGAGAGUUAACCCCGAUACUAAUGAAAUUAGGAUUGAAAACUCAUUUGAACUUUUGUAUUACAAGAACCUUGGCAUUCACUUAAUUAUUCACAAAUGUUUGGCGUCUUUUAUCCUAUUGCGAACUCUGAACCUUGAGCAAAUCAAUAAGCUAUUUUACAUUUUCACUGGUUUCCUUAAGAACGAAUUUUUAUUUGAUUACGAUUACAACGAGAGCAACAACUUAUCUUCAAUUUUGCAAAAGUUUAAAGAGACAGGCAUUAUCUCAAAUGAUUAUGUGGUGAAGGACAAAAAGUAUCUUGAGACUUUGUUUGUAAUAAUCCAACCCUUCAUCAACUCAUUCAUGGUGUGCGUUGACAAUUUAAAUUCCACCGUUGGCAAAUUUUAUGCCAAGUCAAGAAAUCAAAUUACUGAGCAGCAAUUGAUCAACGAUUCUUUGAUGCUGCGAGACUACCCCACAACGAAAACGUUAUUGCGCAUUAUUCAAACAGAGGGGUUAAAGAAAUCUGUUCAAGAAAGAGGCAAUUUGUAUCAGAUUGAGACAUACAAUAAGCAAUACCUACUCUCGUUUUUGUUCUACUUGAACAAUUUGAGAUUGAUCAAAAUCUUUAAAAACAAGUCUAGAACCAAAGCGUAUGUCAUCAUCAUCAAUAGCAGAGACUUGACAUUUGUGCUUCGCUUCUUGCAAAAAUUGAUCAAUGAAAACGAAAUUGAUGACAUCACAUUGAAUUACAUGAUCGACAUUGUUGACAAGACCUUUGAUCGGGAUUUAGAAGUGCCCAAGGCGAAGCUUUAA